GGGAGGUCACGUGUGAACGCGGGGUACUACUUGACGGAGCCUUCGAGGACUGACUGACUGUCGUUCAGUACCACAUUCUACAAGUUGCCUGUCAUUCCCUUUUACUUGCUUUACUAUCGUUGCCGCUGCUACAUCCAUCAUGGCUACCUCGAAACUUCCGGUAUUGCAGCUGCCGCAUCCCUUGAUACUACUCCCGGCUUCUCGCUUCACCAUGGCGCUGUCCAAGGAGCAGGGAGAGGCCGUUCUAGCUUUAAUUGAGCAGUCGGAUGCCUUACCUGUUGUCGCCGCUGUUCCCAUCACAAACACCCCUACGGCCUCUUCUGCUCCUGUUUACUCAGAAUGGGGUACGGCAACUCGCGUCCUCCGGCUCGUGCGUCCUCCAGCUCGGAAUCCUCGCCAGCCCUAUCUCGUUUCGCUCCAUGGCCUCACACGGGUACAUCUUACAGCACCCUUCACGGCUCCAACAUCCUUGGAGACGACUCUACCCGUCCACGAAAUUGAGUACCCGCCCACUGAACGGAUACCGUCCAGAGAUGUCGUUGACAAGUUCAAACAUAGUGCAUUGAGGUUGCUCGACAGGCUCGCUACUGAUGCCGUGCAAUCCUCGCGAAAGGAGGGCUAUCAAAAGAUUGCCAGCAUGCUUGACGACAUCACCGAUGCACGAGCUCCUUGGAUGGCGGAUGUUCUCAUUGGAAGCAUCAAUGGAGAGUAUGAUGACAAACUCGCCAUUCUCAGCACUCCCGACUCCGAAACCAGGCUCUCACUGGCAACGGAUAUCUUCCUGAAGCAAGCUUCCAUUUCCGAAGUCUCAAAAAAGAUCGCUUCUGCUGUUGACGAGUCCCUAUCCAAACAACAAAAAGAAUUCUUUCUUCGUCAACAACUCGCCGCUAUUCAGCGCGAACUCCAUUCUCUCACCUCUAAUUCUCCACGCAACAACUCUCCCAACUCAUCCGAAUCUUCAGGCUCAGAGCUCGAUGACGACGAGCAACAUGAUGCCGACGAUCUGGCCGACCUCAAGCGCAAAAUUGAAGCCAUGGAUCAUGGCUCGGAAGAACGCAAGAUGGGCGUUCGGGAAUGGAGGAGGUUGAAGAGGAUUCCCCAAGGCAGCGUAGAGAAUGGAGUCAUCCGAAACUACCUUGAGUGGCUGACAUCCAUCCCGUGGUCGUCGCAUCCAGCAGGCGCUUCUCUUAUGAAGGAUAAGUCCUUCCUCACCAGCGCCCGGCAGCAGCUCGACAGAGAUCACUUUGGUCUGGAGAAGAUCAAGCGGCGGUUAAUUGAGUAUCUUGCUGUGGUCCGGCUAAAGGAAAUGAACGCGGACACUCAGAUGAUCUCUGGAGUUGACACGAAACAGAUGGAUGGGGAGAAGGCUCUCAUUCCGUAUACAGCCAAGUCUGUUCCAUCGCGCGCGCAGAAUGUCAAGGGGCCGAUAUUGCUGUUCGUAGGUCCUCCCGGUGUAGGCAAGACUUCUUUGGGCCAGUCCAUUGCCAAAGCUCUGGACAGGCCUUUCCAAAGGAUCUCACUGGGUGGCGUUCGUGAUGAGGCGGAGAUCAGAGGUCACAGGCGGACUUACGUCGCCAGUGGUCCGGGCCUCAUCGUGCAAGCCAUGCGCAAGGCCGGCCGGAAGGACUUUGUUCUACUGCUUGACGAGAUUGACAAGAUUGGCCAGAGCAACUUCCACGGAGACCCUGGAGCGGCAUUAUUGGAAGUACUGGAUCCCGAGCAGAAUCAUGCCUUCAACGACCAUUACCUUAACGUUCCUGUCGACUUGAGCCAAAUCUUGUUCAUAUGCACGAGUAAUUCUCUUGACACAAUCUCGGGUCCACUCUUGGAUCGUUGCGAGAUUAUUCAGCUCUCAGGCUACACGUACGAUGAGAAGAUGCAUAUUGCUCGACGAUUUUUGCUACCCAAACAGAUUACUGCGAACGGCUUGAAGGAGGAGUUAGUCAGCAUAACGGAGCCAGCACUGCUGCAUAUCGCGACACGGUACACUCGGGAAGCAGGUGUGCGGAGUUUGGAUAGGGCAAUUGGAGCCGUCGUGAGACACAAAGCGGUGGAAUGGGCUGAGCACCUCGACGAGGACGUGUCCCAUGGCGAGCAGAGGCUUCUCACGGAUGGCAAGCUAUUGACAGAUGGUUCCGAGGGAAAAUCCUAUUCGCCUGUCGUUGAGGAGAGCGAUUUGGAAAAGAUGCUGGGUAUUUCACGGUGGGAAGGCGAAGAGAAGGAGCGGGAAGAAGCCAGGGGUAUUGUAUUUGGCUUGGUGGUCAUGGGCCAGGGUGAAGGCGGUAUUCUUCCUGUGGAAACUAUCGCGGUCCCAGGAACGGGCAGUCUGAAGAGGACGGGAAGCUUGGGUGAUGUUAUCAAAGAGAGCAGCGAGAUCGCCUUGAGCUGGGUUAAGACGCACGCGUAUGACCUCGGGAUUACGAACUCGCGUAGUCAGGACCCACUGAAGGGUCCGGAUCCUAUUGAUAUCCACCUUCACCUACCUGCGGGCGCGCAGAAGAAGGACGGUCCUAGUGCUGGCGUUGCAAUGACAUGCGCGUUUGUAUCGUUGUUGACCGGAGCGCUUGUUCCGUCGAAUAUCGCCAUGACGGGAGAGGUGACCCUCCGAGGACAUGUUACCCCCGUGGGCGGUAUCAAGGAGAAGGUCCUCGGUGCCCAUCGUGCACAUAUCACCAAGGUGAUCCUUCCUUGGGGUAACCGCAAGGACGUAGAACACGAUGUUGCGCCGGAGAUCAGGAAUGAGAUGGAGUUUGUGUUUGUGAGGAACAUCCGAGAGGCGCUGGACGCUGCGUUUGGUCCGGCGACGCUCAGUUGGAGGAGAGGAAGCGUGGUCAUGGAAAGUAGAUUGUAAGAACUGGAAUGCUUUCGUGUUUGUAAAUAAGGCUAUGUUGUACUAUAAAGUGUAUCUAUCAAUCGAGGAAUAUUCCCGCUCAUAUAACUGUUG